AUGUUUUCUAUAGACUCAAAGAAAGAUCUCGUAAACGGAGUGACGUCCCUCUUGAAGGAAGGGUUAACCUUGGGGGGUGCGGCACCUUUGGCUCCAGUAAAAGGAGGUAUUAACGGCUGCACAGACGUGGUCUGCUCAGCUACUCAUUUCGUCGAUUGUUUCUCGGGCCUUGUCGAUUCAACUCAUAAAUUGGGUGAAAAGGUUACUACACUUUUGGAUGAGGGUAUAAGGAAAGUGAACUCAUUAAAGAACGCUGAAAUCAAGUAUGGUUCCAAAGCCAGAGUCGUUUUUGAAGACGUUCGUCUUGUCGCGCGUCACGCUUUCGAUUUUGUUGACAAAGUUGACGAUAUAUUUUGGUACGGAAAAGAUACAGAAGAGGCAAGAGAAGCACUUUGUGACCGUGAGGAUGUAGAGCCACUCUUUGAGCUUUUGGCUUUCCUUACGUACCACAUCAAUGAAGCUGACCAGCAAUAUGCGGUCUUUGAGGAAUGUUUCAAAAAAGCUAACCAGAGCUGCCUAGCUGCUGCAAAGAAUUGUAAACAAAGACGCCAAGAGGCCAAAAGUAAGAAAAUGAGAACUAGAAUCAUUGGUGGCACUCUAUCGGGUGGAGGACUGGCAGGCGGAGUUGCUAUUGGUGUGACAGCUACAGUGGUUGGGGUUCUUACGGGAGGGAUUGGUGUUCCGAUUGUCUUAGGUCUUGGAGCAGCGGCAGGCAUAGGUAUAGUAGGAGCGGGAGCAGCUGUGACAACAGGUGGCCUUGCAUAUUCAUUUGGCAGAGCACAGAAAUCGUUUGCUGAUCUUGCUAAGUUGUUUGAUUCAUUCUGGCUUGCUACUGUCGACAUAAAGAAGGAAGUUGACACGAUAAAAGAUUAUGUGAAGAAAUUGAAUGAGAGUAGACCUGAUUUUGCCGACAAGAGGAGCUGUGCAGCUCCCUCUGACUACGUCGGUGACGCGGGGCAGUGUAGUUUAGUAAACAAUAACACUGGUCACCCCUCAGAGACAAUGCAAGCACUUCAUCCUCUCUUCAGUGAAGAUCAUCUCCAGAAAUGUAGUCUCCAGGAUCUCUACUCUGAGAUCAAUACUCAUCCCCCUGAUUCUUAUAUCAACUCUGAGAUGACUGGGGAAAACUCGUCUUUCUGUUCGGAUGAUGACAUCACACCUGUCACAGCAACCGAUGCAAGCAUGAAUGGAACUCUGAAUGCCAGUGGCGACGUCCCUUAUCCGAUCAAUGACAACACAUGCCUGCCACCAGUAACACAUGCCUGCCAACACUUUGGCUAUGUGGCUGAUACCACGAGAACAGUAGUUGAACCAAUCAGAAACGGUGAAAGUUGCAUACUGCUCUCCACGAAAUCUCGUCAAGCAACUCCACAUGUGGCUAAUUCUGCCCCAGUUCAUGAUGUCGUCGUGCAAGGCAUUGAGUUGAAGGCCUGCCAACGCCGCUACCACCAGCAGCGAAUCUCGAGGGCCCAGGGGAAGAUCUACCACCAGGAGCGAAUCUCGAGGGCCGAGGGGAAGAUGGACCAACUGAGAGCAAUUGUGGGGAUCCUCCUGGCGUCGGUUGUGGAGUUGCAGAUUGUGGAGUUGCAGUUUGCUCUCCUGCUAGUGGUAGAGGAGUGGAUAGAAUAG